AUGGCCGCGUCCACCAUGUCCGUCUGCUCCAGCGCUUACUCUGACUCCUGGCAGGUGGAUGACUGCCCAGAGAGCUGCUGCGAGCCCCCGUGCUGUGCCCCCAGCUGCUGCACCCCGGCCUCCUGCCUGACCCUGGUCUGCACCCCAGUGAGCUGUGUGUCCAGCCCCUGCUGCCAGGCGGCCUGUGAGCCCAGCCCCUGCCAAUCAGGCUGCACCAGCUCCUGCACACCCUUGUGCUGCCAGCAGUCUAGCUGUCAGCCGGCUUGCUGCACCUCCCCCCCCUGCCAGCAAUCCUGCUGUGUGCCCGUCUGCUGCAAGCCCGCCUGCUGUGUGCCUGUCUGCUGCAAGCCUGUGUGCUGUGUGCCCAUCUGCUCUGAGGAUUCCUCUUCAUGUUACCAGCAGACUAGCUGCCAGCCAGCUUGCUGCACCUCCUCCCCAUGCCAGCGGGCCUGCUGUGUGCCUGUCUGCUGCAAGCCUGUCUCCUGUGUGCCCGUCUGCUCUGGGGCUUCCACUUCAUGCUGCCAGCAGUCUAGCUGCCAGCCGGCUUGCUGUACCACCUCCUGCUGCAGACCCUCCUCCUCUGUGUCCCUCCUCUGCCGCCCCGUGUGCAGGUCCACCUGCUGCGUGCCUGCCUCCUCCUGCCAGCCCAGCUGCUGCCGCCCAGCCUCCUGCGUGUCCCUCCUCUGCCGCCCUAUGUGCUCCCUCCCGGCCUGCUGAGGCCUCUGCUCAGGCGAGAAGUCCAGCUGCUGAGUGCUCAAUCCUCGCUCAUCUACUGACUGUGUCUUUGCUGUCAAGCAGGAUUCUCCAGUCUCAGGAGCCCCUGGAGUCCUUAGAAUCCACCAGCUCCAUCAGCAGCCACAUAGUUGCUGCCUGAAGGGGAUUUUGAGCACAUCACACUUCCCUCCUCCCUCUCUGGGAGGAGACAACCCACAAAUCCCUCAGCAGGGGAACUGUGGCCUUCUGGAGCCCCCUUCUCCAAAUGUGUUGUUUGCACCCAAUGUGACAAAGAAUUGCUCUAAUCAAUAAAUUCUUGAGUC